AUGCCACGUCGUUCAAGCACCACAGACGAUGAUGAAGUUAAACGACGAGCUUUACGACGUCCGUAUACGGUGAAAUACGGGCCGUAUACGGCCCGUAUUCUGCCGUAUACGACGGUAAAUCGCCGUAUUUGGCCGUAUUACAUGGCUCCGUAUUACGAUCGNCCAGGACGAGCUUUACGACGUCCGUAUACGGUGAAAUACGGGCCGUAUACGGCCCGUAUUCUGCCGUAUACGACGGUAAAUCGCCGUAUUUGGCCGUAUUACAUGGCUCCAUAUUACGAUCGUAAAUCUCCGUGUCGUAAUACGGUGAAAUACGAUCAAAAACGACCGUACAGUGCCGUAUUUCGCCGUAUACGGCACGGAGAUUUACGAUCGUAA